CCUUUUUGAAACCUUCGACUCCACGGACCUGUCGUGCACGCGCUCGUGAGGACCGCGAGAGCGGACAGGGCUGGAUUUUGGAGUUCAAAAAGUUUCCCGGAUGUCUGAAACUGCUCCCAACAACUCCGGCAGUCUCCUGUAAUAUGGCGGUGAAAAAGUGAAAAAAACAUACGGUUGAAAGGUGGCUAGCUGAUGUAAAUGAAAUAACACUAACGUUAACAACGUUCGAUCGUUCACUCUGCAAGGAGGAAACUCAGUUCAGACAACGGGCGUUUUGGCGAAUGACCAAAUACAAUUUGAAGGUGUGAUGCCCUGAUGCCACCAUGUUUACCAAGAAAAAGAAAUCCAAAAUCCAAAUUUCUGCUCCUUCCAACUUUGAGCACCGUGUGCACACUGACUUUGACGAGCAUGAGCAGAAGUUUGUGGGGCUCCCGCGGCAGUGGCAGAGUCUGAUCGAGGACACAGCGAAGCGGCCCAAACCCUUUAUCGAUGCUACGGUCAUCACUACACUCGAGCCGCGCAAGACCAUUGUGCGCGGCACAAACAUAGGUGUUGAUGGCUCCCUUACUUGGCUGCUGGAUGAGUUUGAGGACCUGUCGGUCAUUCGGUCCAACUCCUUGAGACACAGCCACCCCGCCACCCAAGAACGAGGAUCAUCCCAUGGCCAUCAGGAGAACGGAGAACAGCCACAUCGAUACUACGCGCAUGGUGAUGGCCACAUAGAGGGUGCAGAAAGGACAAGACCUCCACAAAAGCAGCCAGCUCCAAACACUCGCCAUUCACGCAGUCCGCAUGAGGAAAGUCGAUCACACCCACAACCGCGCGGGCAGGAGCCCAGCAAAGAGCGCCCCCCGGCCCCACAGCCACCGCACAGAGCUCGGACCAAGGAGAGGCAAAGUGACCCAGUUGACCAGGUAGUAAUGAGGGAGGGUGGUAGUGACAGGCGACCAAAAUCCAGCUACACAGAUCGGGACACAUCAUCCCAGUCCUCCAAGGACAAGCGGCCUCAAUCAGGGCCGAACAUCCGUACUCCACACCUGCCUGUCACCGAGGGAGUGGUAAAGACGGCACAGCAAACAGCCCGGCCCUUCAAUACGUACCCCUGCACAGACAACAACGUUUGGAAAGGCCCCAAUAACCAGGUACACUCACAGCAGGACCUAAAACCGGGAAGAACAAAGGAGGCUGUCCCUCACAACGGCCCCUCCAAUCCCAGCAGCAGACCUGGGGGGAAGCCAGUUAGCCAGGGCCGGGCACGAGGAGAGCCCCAGCAACACCACGCCUCGCAUCCAGCCCUGGGCCCUGACCAUCCACCUGGCAAGCCCAUGCCCCCCGCACCCCAGCAGCCUGCUCCUGCGGCGCCCCCCCCUCAGCAGGCCCGCUCUCCGCAGAGGGAGCCCCAGCGAGUGACGCACGAGGAGUUCCGCACUGCACUGCAGAUGGUGGUGGACCCGGGCGACCCGCGCACCUACCUAGACCACUACAUUAAGAUUGGCGAAGGCUCCACUGGCAUUGUUUGCAUUGCUACUGUCAAGAGCACUGGGAAACUGGUCGCCGUCAAAAAGAUGGACCUUCGCAAACAGCAACGACGUGAGCUGCUCUUCAACGAGGUGGUGAUCAUGCGGGAUUAUCACCAUGAGAAUGUGGUGGAGAUGUACAACAGUUAUUUGGUCGGGGAUGAACUCUGGGUCGUCAUGGAAUUCCUCGAAGGUGGAGCUUUAACAGACAUAGUUACCCAUACAAGGAUGAAUGAGGAGCAGAUAGCCACAGUGUGCCUGUCUGUGUUGAAAGCCCUUGCUGUUCUUCACAGCCAGGGUGUCAUUCACAGAGACAUCAAGAGUGACUCCAUCCUACUCACUCAGGAUGGAAGGAUAAAGUUGUCAGACUUUGGCUUCUGCGCCCAGGUGUCAAAAGAGGUUCAGCAUCGCAAGUCUCUAGUCGGUACUCCAUACUGGAUGGCGCCUGAACUUAUCUCCAGACUGCCCUAUGGACCUGAGGUGGACAUAUGGUCUCUGGGAGUGAUGGUGAUUGAGAUGGUGGAUGGAGAGCCCCCAUAUUUUAACGAGCCCCCUCUCAAAGCCAUGAAGAUGAUCCGUGACAACCUGCCCCCCAAGCUCAAGAACCUCCAUAAGGUUUCGCCUCUGCUGAAGGGCUUCUUGGAUCGCAUGCUGGUGCGGGACCCCACUCAGAGGGCCACCGCCAACGAGCUGCUCAAGCACCCCUGCCUAAGCAAAGCAGGCCCACCCUCCUGCAUCGUUCCACUCAUGCGGCAGAACCGCAUGAGAUGAGAGCGUAGGCCUUCACCGUGCUGGGUGGGCCUGUGCUGCCACAAAACUCCCUCGGCUGGCUCUCUUUGGUCGAAUGAGUGUCAUGAAAUCAACUCGAAGGGGCAACAGGACAGUAACUACACGAAUGAGUCGACCCCGGCUGAACACUAAAAGAAGCGACUGUUACACUUUUGAAAUGAAGCACAGUUUUUAGUUUUUACAUUUUCCCGCUUAAAUCGCUUGGGGUUCACAUGGUAGAUACGCUGGGGAUUGCUUAGAUGUCAACUCUAAGUGUUCUCCAGCAAACCUUUAAAUACUGCGAUGCUGAAAAUCAUCUCUAAGGAAGAGAGGUAUGAAGCUUUUGGACUGGAAUUGACAUGAAGAUGUGCAAGGUUGUUGAUCUCAUUCCCAGCCAUUCCUACUGAUGCAUUAUGAUAUCCUUUUUUUUUUGUUUUCCUAGAUUCCUUGCGUACACUAAGCAAGAAAAAGAAAGUAACUACUCCUGUUUAUAACACCCGUUAUAAACACUAAGAAAGGCUAAACACUGGAGUUGUUUAUGAUUCAGAUUGUUUCUUUUCUAUUAUACAUUUUAACUGUACAGAUGUAUUGCCUUUGAUUCCUUAUUUUAUUGUCUAUUAAUGAGUGUGAAUGAGAUUAUUGAGGCACUGCUGAGGAAUAGAAGCUGCAUUCCUGCCUGUAUGUUUGAAACAGGAACCUUUCUUUUUUUUGCGUUUCUAAUGAGCCCUAUUUUUCUUUUUUUCCCCCGUUUGUCCAUUCACCAACAGCUUUUAGGAGCAUGUUAAUUUGGUAGGAGGCGACUAUAUUAUUGACUGACGGUAAUUGUGCCGAAGUGGUCAUAUGGACAAAUACAAAAGCGUGGGAGUAAGAUACCGGGCGACAUGAAGUAUAGCUGGGGAUCAGACUAGUUUUAGUUUUAUAGGGGCUUUUAUACAUAGUUGUGUGUUAAUUUAGGCAUUAGGGGUUGGCUGCUGGUACAAGUAUACAGCCCUGGGUUAAAUGCGCCAACACGUGUGAUUUUAACAUGCUCAUGCACGAACACUAACAUUACUAUUUUAUGAUACAUGUCUGAUGCCUGGUCUGCUCACACAAUGAAAAAAAAAAAAAGAUAUACAUGAUAUUGGCAAUCAGUUAAAUCUAAAGACAGAGUUCUUUAGUUCUGCACUAUUUAUGUGGCUAAUUCUGACAUGGAGCAUCUAGUCUGGUUUCUCAUUCUGAUAUACUGUUAUGUAUAAAACAAAGCGAAACUAUAUAGCAUAUCUGAAAACUGUAGUGCCUGGAAUCACUUUUUUGUUGAUUUGAACUCCAGUCUCAGUAUAUAGGAAGAAUUGUAUGGAAAGUUAGAAGUUAUUCAGCUGACAAUAUAAUGCCACUUUGAUUUGUAAAUUAUAUUGAAAUGUCAAUACAUUUUAAUACAAAUAUACUUUUGUGUUGUUUUACAAAGAUGUUUACAAAUCAUAUUUAGAUAACCAGCAUUUCUGCAAUUUGCAUCAUGAUUUUGGCAUGCAGUCCCUAAAUGUCAGGUGGUUGGAGAUUUCAUUUCUUGUCUCUGUUACAUUUCUUAACUAUGGCAACCAACAGAAACUGAAACACACAACAUGUCUUGACUUAUCAACUGCAUUGAUAUGAGCUCAUUUUUUUCCAACCUAUUUCUUUAUGGCCAGAAUUGCCACUAUUAUAUACCCCUCAAAAAAAAAACCUCUAUACUGUGCUUAGCUGAGUUUUUAUAAGUUGUGUAAAGAAUUAAGAAUAAACGCAGUGUAGAUAAGAAUUAAGAAUAAAGGCAGUGUAGAUAAGAGUUAUGUAGACCUACUAACCAGAGUAAGCACUAACAUGUUGAAACAUGCUCUUUCUGAAGUGCAGAGGUACUUUUUCAGAGAGGUAUAAGAUGCAGAGGUUUUGUUUUCCCACAAAGGUACUGUUUUUAAUACACAUGCAUUUGUGUGUACUGGUGUGUGUAUAUGUGGUAAAUGACUGCAACAUAUAAUUUAAAAAAAGUGUAAUUGAAAGUACAAAAGGAACAGGUAUGCAGUGGAAAUGACUGCAGAAUAAAAUAUUGAGUGCUUUUUGCUUGA